CCUGAUUAAAUGUGAUUAGGUAGCUCUAAAACCUGCAGAAAUGUGACAGAGGGGAACAGAGACAAAGAGACCCUUCAAGAUGUCUUAAAUCCCCAGGGCAGUAUUUAGGGAGCCCUGAGGAGAGAACUGGAGCAGAAGGACCCUGCCAGGACCUCCCUGUCCUUGUCCCUUCUGCUGCACUCUCAGUUGCCAACAUCUCCUGCACCAUGUCUCUCUCUGAAGCAGAGGUGCAAAGUGCCCGUGGUGCCUGGGAGAAGAUUUAUGUGGAUGCUGAAGACAAUGGGACAGCUGUGCUGGUCAGGAUGUUUACUGAGCACCCAGACACCAAGUCCUACUUCACACAUUUCAAAGGCAUGGACUCUGCCGAAGAGAUGAAACAGUCAGAUCAAGUCAGGGGCCAUGGCAAGAAGGUUUUCGGUGCCAUCAAUGACAUGGUGCAACACCUGGACAACUCUGAGGCUUUUCUUGGGAUACUGACCCCACUUGGCAAGAAACAUGCCAGCCAGCUGAAGAUUGAUCCCAAAAACUUCAGGAUUAUCUGUGACAUUAUCUUACAAUUGAUGGAGGAGAAAUUUGGUGGAGACUGCAAAGCUUCCUUUGAGAAGGUGACCAAUGAAAUCUGUACCCACCUGAACAAUAUCUACAAAGAGGAGGGUUGGUGAGGAUGUGCACCCUCCAGGCUCUUCAAAAAACU